CCCAUGUGGAAGGCCUUUUUCUGACAGAGAAAUACAAUGCUUGCGGCGGCUGUUUGGUUCCACACUUCCAUUUUUUUUUCUCCCAAAAACAUGGGCGCCGAUGGCAGCGGCAGCGGCGGCCGGAAGGGCUCGUCGCCGGCGAAGCCAUCCGAGGGCCGGACCUCGAGCUUGCUCGCUGGACUCCCCUCCCGCGGGAACUUCACGGAGAGCGACAUCGCUUCUAGCAUGGGAGGCCUCAAGGUUUAUAUCUGCCUUCACGACACGGCUCCUCCAGAGGGACAAGUUGUGAAAACGGACACGAACAAUAUUCUAAUCAGAGCUCUCCAGUUGAACAAACACAAAAGUGAGGCCAAAGAUGUAAGCUGUAAGACACCAGGAGAAAGCAGCAGAGGAAAAAGGAAUGCUGCCAGAAAUUUAGAUGGCAAGAAUCCAUCAAAAAGACCUAACAUUGGUAGCCCUGGAGGAUCUUCUAGCCAUGAAGAAUCGUCAUCUGGUUUCUCUGAGCUGACGCUUCAGUCAUUUACUGUGGAAAAGUUACGCUCUCUUCUAAAAGAGAGGGGGCUCUCACCAAAAGGCAAAAAGGAUGAACUGAUUGCUCGCUUAAGAGAGGCUUCACGUUGAUUUGAACUGCAGCGUUGUUGAUCUAGUGCCAACCACAUUUUGUUGGGUGUCGCUGAAGAGCAGACUGAAUGAAUAUCUUGCUGUCAGUAAUGCUAAUUGUCAUGUCUGAAAUUUCUGGAAUGUAAGGGAAUUACCCCAAGUUCUAUACUUGGAGCUAUCGAGAAAGACAUGAGAAGCUUAUCAUUUGCUGUAUGAUCCAUACUUCCUGCUUGUAGAGAUUCCCUGUUGCUGCAGAUAGUACAGAAAUGGGGAGUAGCUGAUAUUUUCACAUUGCAUUUUUUGCUUUUCACUGUUUGGAAAUAUGAUUAGUGAGACGCACCAUAGUUAGAAAUUCAGCAUUUAGAUUUGACAUUUAUCUAUGCCUAUAAUCUGAAUAGUCUGUGUUUUAAACUGCAUAAUGAUGUACUCCAUCCGUCCCAAAUUAUUAAUCAUUUUAACUUUUCUAGAUUCA